UUACGGAAACCAUGGUGCGCUGUAAUUGAUCCUGGGGAUAUUUCUCAUGCAUUUCAGAGAACAAUUUUGCCCGCGUAUCAGAGAACAUAGUUUUUUAUCAAGUGCUGUUAACCAUUGCAAUACAGGACAGGAUGUCUCGGCUUCCAGCGGGCGGCCAGCAGCGGCAUGUGGAGUAUGACAUGCCGGAGUCCUGUUCGUCUAGCUCGGUGGGUCUGCCACACAUCAGCCUGAGAGGCAAUCUGCCUCACUCCCAGUCCUGGACGGUGGUGCCCGAGUACAACAUGUCACUCAGGCAGCAGAAGGAAAUCGAUCCAUUUGAGUAUUGGAAGUGCGAUGUUCAAAGCCAAAUUGCUAACAUGGCAGAUAAAUUGCGAAAUUCAUUGGAGCAGUACCCAGACCCGUCGACCAGAUAUCUCAAGGCAGAUGGGAGGUCCUCCGUGGUGGAGUCAGACUUUGAGCGGCGGAAGGCAGAACAGCUCAAGCAGCAGACGAGAACGAUAACCAACUCACUGGCCUAUGGCCUGGGGAGAAAGUGAACGUGUUAAUGCACAGAAUGCAGUUGAGAUUGAACAAGUUGGAAUUGGCAAAGCCCACAAUGUGUGCUGUGUAACGUUAGAGUCUUUCCAUCCAUACAUUCAUGUCACCUUUUUUUCACUGCACACACACAACUGCAUGAAGACUUAUCACUGUUAUGCAAUCAUCCAACCGAAGGUGUCAGGUCUGACUUGGAAAGAGACCCAACUACAACACCAUAAGCAGUGUUUGAAAUUUUAAAAUAGAAAGUAAGCAGCUGAACAUCAGGUGUUUUGUAUAAAAGCUAUUUUUUAUUUGUUGUCACAAAAGGCAGUUGCAGACAUUAAAUUAUUCAUCACAUGUACCCAUCUUUGUUUUUGUUUUUUUUUUAAGUUGCUUUUUAUUACAAAGUUGUUGAACAGGGUUUGGGAAAGGGCGGUCAGUUUGACAUUAUGAAGUAUAAAUCUCUACAAAUGGGUCUUGCCAUGAGGAAGUUGUUUGUUGUGCUUUGACAAUUAUGAGAGCCAACUUCAUGGAACAGUUGAGUACAGAGAUCAGCUUAGCAUAGAUGAUUACUUGGUUAGGAAAAAAUGGUGACCAGCUUUGACGUAUUGUGGUGUCAUUAUGUGAGACUAGUUUUCAACAGGUUUCUGCCCAGUAUGUGAAUUUGCUAAGCAGAAAUUUUGUUGGCUGCUUCAUGGAAUUGGCUGUGUUUAUCUCAAGAUUUCAUUUCUAAAACUAUUUUGCUAUUCUGGACAUCUAUUCUGAAAAGGGAGACCAAUUUGGAAGCAUCAAUCACGUCUUUCCUAAAAAUGUGUAGUUGCAGAGUAAAUGAUCUAAACUAGGCAGGACUUCCAGAUGAAUUUUGAGAUUUUGUUCAUGUGUUUCGCAAACGUGAGGAAUGGAUCUUAUCUGGGUAAAGCACAGCUUUGUUCCUUUAAGAAUGCAUCUGUGUCCUGGAUCGGUGCAAAUGUUUCAAGUAUCAAAUAACACUGCUGGCAAUAAUUUCAGAGGAACACUUUGGAGUACAUGGAAUGAACUGGAGUUCUAUUGUACAGAUUUCACACUUGGUGUCCAAACAUUAUCCCACAAAAGAGGCAUUUACAAAGACUUCACAAUUAAUUUGUAAGUGUGAAGUCAGUUGACUUUAGAGGUAGGAUACAUUUUUACCUAGGUCACAUUUUCUUGAAAAUACAGUUUUAUAUUGUCAAAAUGUAUGGCACAUUCCUCAUAGUGUGUGGCAUCUAUACACAUGCAUUGGUACAGGCAACAAAAGCUUCACUGACUGCUUAUUCACGUCAACCUGGGUAAUGAUGUCCGAAACAAACUCAACUGUUGAAAAGUUGAAAAGCACAAGAAACAACUUGAGGCAAGUCUAAUUCUAGGGAUCACCUUUGACCUUGGGUCACCAAGCACAUAAAUCACCACUUAAUUGCAUUGAUACACCUACUUUACACCACUGUCGUAUGUCCUGGCAAAUGCGUUACACGGCACAGAAUCAGAAGGGACCAUACCCACAGACAAUGCAGUGUGAAGUAAUUCUUCGUCAACACCCAAUUUUUAAGACUACAUGUGUGACUUUGUAUGACAAUAAGCGGGGUGAUAUUCCAUUUUUGCUUCUAUGCAAAAUGUAACUAAGUUCUUCUGAUAACAGAUUCUGUAAAGUUCUGCAUUGUACAAAGUAAGAUACAACAUGUACAUUAUGCAAUACAAGGGCAUAAACUUUAACAGCAUUUUACUUGCUUGGUGAGAACAGAACUUUAUGCAAUUGCUUACGUUUGCUGACAAGGUUAUUGUAAACUCAUAGCUGACAUAAGAGAGGGAAGUUACUUUGUGAAGCAAAGAUUAAUGAUUUAUUUAAAAGAUAUGAGAAGGAUGCCCAAUGAAGUCCACUUGGAUGUAGGAAUAUUGGAACGGCAGAGGAGGUGGAUUACUUAAAAGUCUGUCAUAAAAGGAAGUGAACUGUACUUUUUACUCGGAGUUGAGACAAGUUGAGGCGAGAUGUGGAGAAGACAUAACGGUUGGAACUCACAGGAAGUGGAUGGAGGAAUCGGUGCUUUAUUAUACCCAACAGAGAAACUCAAUGUAAAACUUCAAGGUGUAGGUUAUUCAAAUCUUUGUGGGUUUUUUUGGUGAUAAUUGUUAAGAUUGAUGCGAGUGGGCUUAAGUCACUGCAGUGUUAUUUCAUUUCAUUGGGAGUGGAGGAUUUUGAAGGUCAUGUAUUGUCAUUCUUAGAAAACUCAUACCUGGCACCAAAUGCUUCCAUUACUAUCAUGCAUUAAUAUAUGUUAUUAACUGAAUCUUUAGAUAUAAGCAAAUUAAUGAUCAUGUGCAUGAUACAGAUGUGGUAUAUAAAUGUAUAUUGCUUUGCAAACUAAA